AUGGUGGUGGACUAUCGAGGGGAGGCGUUGAGGCGGAGUGUGGCAGAGCUGAGGGAGAAGCGAUACCGAGACAGAGGGGAGCUGUGCUAUCUGUUCAAGGUGGACGAGGAGCGAGUGGUGGAUGCCACCAUGGCUAGCAACUAUGCCAGAAUGAUGAACCACUCCUGCAACCCCAACUGCUUCGCCAAGAUCUUUGACGUAGAGGACAAGAAUGGCCACCCGAGUGCAAUCAUCGUCAUCAUUGCUCGCCGCCCGAUUCGCAUGGGGGAGGAGCUAACCUACGACUACCGGUUUGAUCGAGAGGAGAAGGACCGAGUGCCAUGCCGCUGUGGUGCCACCACCUGUCGCUCCUUCAUGAACUGA